AUGCUUGUUGCGUUGACUUAUUUGAACAUUACAACUAUUUAUGGACUCAGACCUAUUCUUGGGUGUUCUAUACAAGUGAGUAAUACUUGGGUAUAUAUUGUUGUAGAUGCAAUGUGGCCUUUAAUAAUAUCUGGUACUGGAUGUUAUUUCGCAGCACGAACUGCCUAUACUAUCAUUAAAAAAGGACUAGAAAUACAAAGCCUGUUAAAAUAUUCCAAGUCUGGUUUAAACAUAUCAAAAUUUUAUCGAUUGGUGCUUUUCUGCAUAACAUUCUUGAUAAUUGCAUUUCCAGCAGCCUGUCUAACAUUUUUCUCGAAUCUACAAGAGUUAGUACCUUAUGAUUUUGCUGAAAUACAUAAAGAUUUCUUUGAGAUCAAAAAAUUCGACAAUGGCGUGUCAUUUAUUGAUUAUGUUAAACCUUUGACCGGCUUAAUCCUAUUCGCUUUUUUUGGUACUGGACGUGAUGCAAAACAAGCAUAUUUAAGAUGGGCCAGGAAAUUGAAAUUAGAUUUGGUGUGUGGAUGUUGUAUUAAUUUUGAACUGGACGAUAAAACCUCUAGUAAUGGUACUACCAGUACUUUGAGGAGCUUUAGCAAUAAUAAUGCCAACAAUAAUCUUAUGCCACCUGAACCAACCCAUAGCAACAUGGGUAAUAAAAUAAUGAACUUCCUUUCUGGUCAUAAAACACCAACCGAAAAAGCAGAAUUUGAUCUUACUAGUGGCAUAAGGAUUAGAAUCGAUGGAUUAGAUACAAAAUCGGCAUAUCUUAAAUCAAUUUAUAAAACUUUAGAAGAUGAUCAAGAAGAUGGCAAUGAUAAUAGACUCAGGCCUGAUAUAAGUAUCACAAUACAUAAUGAUUCAUCUAUGUCAUCGUUAUCAUCAUCUUCAACACUUAAUAAUAGCACGCCACCACCAAAACCAACUCCGUCAGAAUUUAUUUAUGAUGGUGACAGUUUUGGUGAUGUUGAUGAUAGUGUAAACCAUAUUGAUGUAUUAUUAUCAGUUUAUCCUGAAGAAAAUCAAGACAGUAAUGUCCCACCAAUUGUGGAAGUUGUCCCGCCGACACCUGCAUUUGUUGAAGAAGAUGAGAACGAACAACAGCAACGAGAUAGUGAUUAUUAUGGUCUUCAUAGUAAUGUUAAUCAAGAUGAAAGUUUAAUAGAUAAUAGUAAUCACGAUAUUGAUCAAGAUUCUCAGUAUAGUAGUAGUACUAAUAAUAGUGUUUAUGAGCAAACCGAACAAAAACUACUUAUCCACAAAUUACGUGGUCUAAAAAUUCUAAAAAUACUAAUACCUGCUAGCUCAGCAUCAUAA